AUGUCCACCAGUACAACAUUACCAGUCCAGAAAUUUAGACCUAUUGUGAUUUGUGGUCCUAGCGGAGUUGGAAAAGGAACCUUGAUUCAGAAAUUGUUUGCCGAAUUUCCAUCCAUCUUUGGUUUUUCAGUCUCGCACACAACCCGAGCACCAAGACCAGGAGAACAACAUGGCGUUCAUUAUUACUUUACACAAAAGGACGUCAUGCAAAAGGAAAUUGAUGAUGGUCUUUUCAUUGAGCAUGCCAACGUGCACGGAAAUUUGUAUGGAACAAGUUUUCAAGCCGUGAAAGAAGUUCAAAAUCAAGGAAAGUGCUGUGUUUUGGAUAUUGAUAUCCAAGGAGCUAGACAAGUGAGAGCAAACAAGGAGUUAAAUCCUCUUGUUCUCUUUGUUAAACCACCAAGCAUGGAUAUUUUGGAGCAAAGAUUGAGAAGAAGAGCCACAGAAACGGAAGAAAGUAUUCAAUUAAGAUUAAAGAAUGCUCGAAAGGAGUUGGAACAAUUCGAGAAGGACGACACUCAUCUCUUUGAUGAUUCCAUUGUGAACAAUGAUUUGGAUGAAGCUUAUGUCAGCUUGAAACAGACCAUUCACAAACAUCUUCCUGAGCUUGAUAUUGUUAAGAAUCAAGACUCAGCUACCAAGUAA